AUAGCAACACAGACUCUUGUGUCGUAAAAGGGUGAGUGAACCGCCUCAUUGUUAUUUAUUGCAUUUGUCUCUAAUAAUACAUUAAUUAGCCGUUUUACGGACACAGCGAGUGCAAUAACAUAGGCCGCGACAGCCAUGCCAAUGUGAGUAAUAUACAAGAGGUGUGGCACGUCGCUGGGGCGUUGUUUCUUGGUGCAGUGACAUUGUUGGUGUGAAAAAUAUUUUGCCUAUCUCGACGCAACAUGACCGAGUACAAAUUGGUGGUGGUAGGUGCUGGAGGCGUCGGUAAAUCCGCAUUGACUAUACAACUUAUACAAAAUCAUUUUGUGGACGAGUAUGAUCCUACUAUUGAGGAUUCGUAUAGGAAACAAGUGGUGAUUGAUGGUGAAACGUGCUUACUGGAUAUUCUCGAUACGGCUGGUCAAGAGGAGUAUUCCGCAAUGAGGGAUCAAUACAUGCGGACGGGGGAAGGGUUCCUGCUGGUGUUUGCGGUGAACAGUGCUAAAAGUUUCGAGGACAUUGGCUCGUAUCGAGAGCAAAUCAAACGCGUCAAGGACGCGGAAGAAGUGCCCAUGGUGCUGGUGGGUAACAAGUGUGACCUACAGGCGUGGGCUGUCGACAUGACACAAGCACGAGAAGUGGCGCGGAGUUACGACGUACCCUUUGUGGAGACAUCGGCCAAGACGCGGAUGGGAGUCGACGACGCCUUCUACACCCUAGUCCGCGAAAUCCGCAAGGACAAAGAGAGCCGCGGCAAAAAAUAUAGGAGAGGAAACAAAAGGGGCACCCGGGCCCCGUUCAAGUGCAUACUACUGUAAAAUAUAUAAUUAAUGUAACAACUGAUAUUUAUGGAUAUCAUCUAUUAGAGUCCAUUGAACUUCGUUUAGUACUCCACUCGUGAACCAUAUCCUAGCGCUGGAAAUAUUGCUUAACGGUAAGCUUGUAUUCAUAUAUUAUUAAAAGUACAUGUUAUUGUGAAUAUGCAAUAGUUCAUUGUUGAAAUAAUAUCUCGUUUAAGGAGAAGUAAAAAAUUGUGCGGCGCGUGUUGCGAAGCUUUGUGUAGAUUACGACAUAGGGCUGUCAAAUGCUCAGAACCUGCCGAGGUUUUCCAUAAGUAAGAGUGUAUGAGGCUCUUCAGAAAGAGCGUAUUUAGGUUUCUUUAGGGUUGGCAAUGCGCACUUGACGUCCCUGUUGUUGCAUACGUCUGUAGACUACGGGCUGAAUGCUCAUUUGCCACCUUUGUGGUAUAAAAAAAAGCGUUUAUCAAUAUAAACAUAAUCGUCUACACAUACCAUCAAUUUAUAUAAUUUUCUCCUCGCACUACACGCCUCACUAUGAUUCAUAAACGAGACCAAAAAGAUAGGCUAUAUAGGCCACUUUCAUUCUUGUCAUGGAAUCAAUUCCCCAUUAAUUCUGAGAGCCCAAAAUCUUUCAUUGUCAUAUGGAAAAAAAAUGUGGCAUAAAUGUCUGGUUGACUAAUUUAAUCAUAUUAUUAUGUGUACAAUAUAUGUCUGUCAUGGUCAGCAGUAAGUUAUACAAAGAAAAAUCAGGAAAUACUACUUGGUCAACAUCAGUCAAACACAGUUUUGACUUAAAUAUAGCUUCCUUGUAUUAUUUACUUUUGACUUUACCAAUUCUUUAUUUAUUUUAUUUAAUUCUCUAUUGUACACACCAGUUAUAAGAAUAUGACAGGGAUAAUCAGAUGUACAAAGGCGAGCAUAACUCAAAUAGAGUUUUCUUCCUUUAUAUAUUAUAUUAUAAAUUAAAUUUCACUACGUUAUUAAUAGUCUCUUCUCAUAAAAACGUCUAUGGAAAUAGAUAAGAACAAAUUUUAUUUUCCAGUAUCUAAGCUACCGGAAGCCCACAAAACCAGUUCAAUUAAUUAAGCUAGGUGUAUCUAAGAAAUUGAGGUGUAAAUCUCUGAAUAUUGAUAUAUGAAAACUAAUACGAUGAAUAUCCGUAAACAUUAGUUACCAGCAUACAAUGCAUAUUUUUAUGUCUAGCAGCCAAUCGUUUGGCUUGGCAACAAGUACAUUUUGAUAGAAAGAGUCUCGUUCAAUUGACGGGAUGGUUCGGGCUUAAAAGUGAACUUGGAGAUUGAGUUGUAUGAUAUGAGACUAGAUACAUUAAUUUGCAUUAAAUAUAAAAUAUCGUACGGCCGUUAAAAGUACUGUACUUUUGAGUAUAGCAGAAACGCCGUAUCAUAAAUACGAUGUACUAAUUGAAUUCACGUAAUAAGAUUCGUGUCGCUUGGCAGUCAGUGUACUUUUACAUAUAAAAUAUAUUGACGAGAAUGGCGUGUAUAUAUAUAUGUAUGUUAAAUUUUGACAUAUUACCUUGAAAAUGUGAAAACUCAAUCUCUGCCUCUAUCGCCAACCUCUCAAGGUGCUAUUAAGGGUCAUAGUACACUUGUGGCGAGUCUGAUUUGCCAUAACACUAUAUUAAAAUAACAAUCAACAUUCUGAGAUGGGAAUAUUUUACACGUCAAUAGUGAUAAGCUUGCAACACACAAGGCUAUCUAUAUAUAAAUAUGGAUAGGUAGAAUAGAGAGACAAGUGUUUAUUCUAAUGGAAAAAGUUUGUGUUUAUUUUUCAUUUUACGAUUUGUUGCAAUCGACAUUCGAUAUGUUUGAGAAUAGACCAUUCUAUAAUUCGUGAUUGCGCAUGAUUCGAUUGAUUAGAAAUGGCUAAUUUAAUAAUAUAACAUUAACAAAACUGACAUUACUCAUCUAAUUAAUAAGUUGGUCGUAAACGCUGAAUGCCUGCGUCUUCGUAGAGUCCGAUUCAAUGUGCUGGAUACCAAAAUCGCUCGCUACUAUUUUAUUAUUAAAAACAUUUGUUAUACAACAAGAUACAGAGCAUGUCAGUGAUUACUAUUAUAUAAAUGCCAUAAUCGGGAUAAGAUUAUCGCUAGUGAUAAAAUAUUUAUUUAUAAAAAUACAAUUUGUAUUUUAUAUUCGAAUCGAGAUUUUAAUAGUUUAUUUUUAACACAAUUCUCUAUGGUCGUUACAUGAAUUGACAUGAAUUAAUUCAAUAAAAUAAUAAAAGUGAUGUUUUACAAAUUUCCUGCAGAUUAGAUAUAUAAAACCAAGAACUCUAAUGACUUUUUCCCUGUACUGUUUGCCCUCUAAAGAUCAUAGCAUGAAUAUAUAGAGAGAUAGGUAACCCGGCAGCUAUAUGCAUAAAAUGCGAUCUGAAAUCACUUUUUCUUAGUCAAAAACGCCAUACCUUACUAGAAUUGGAGUCGUCUAAUUUCCAUAUUUAUUAAUAACCUAAAAGGAAAAUUAUAAAUCUUAUGAACAAGAUGUUUCAUAAUACUUUACAAUUCUAGGUAUUUAUAUGACAAAUAGCUUGAAUACAAUAUUAAUAGAAUGAGCGCAUUUAACAAAAUGAAUCAUUCUCAUAGUUUUAUCUGCCAACUAACAAUGUACCUACUUUACUAUUUUCAUACAUAUGUUUAGUUAAAUAAAUAUUAUUACCAAUGCAAAAGUUACAGGUGAUUUUUAAUAAUCAACAAUUACAAUCUAUCUAUUAAUCAUUUAAUUUUUAAUUAUAAUUUAUAUAGAAAUAAAGUAACCUAAAAUUGGUAUCAAAUCAAAAUUACAAAUUUUAGAAAUUUGAAAGUGAAUGACUUUUUGUAACAUUUUUAAUGCUUUGACCACAUAUUUAAUAUCUAAUGUGUAUUGUUGAUCUAAUAUCAUAAUGAUCUAAUGUAAAUACAAAACUAUUAAACUUACAUAAAGGACCCUUUAAACGAUCAAUGUCGAAUUUUUUUUUUAUGAAUUGGAUUUAAUUAAAGUUUAACGAAAUAGUUAAAAUGUGUUUUUUUAAUACAAUUUCAUUUGUAAUAUACAAGUUAUUCUCUAUAAAACUAAUAUUUCAAUUUGAUACUACGCCACAAUAUUAUUUUAAAGACAAAGUAAGAACUGAAUAACAGAAUUGAGUCAAAUAUACUUUUUUAAGUUGAUUGUCGAUGGAUAAUCCAUUCUUGGCAUUUAAACUGUACUUAUUAUUUUUUUUUUCUUUUUAGAGAUUGGUUAAAGCAUCGACCCCCAUUAACUGGUUAAUGCAAAAUAAUAAUGAAAAUGUGUCGAUUUCUAACAAAUAAACGAUAAAAAUAUGAGCAUGCUUUUGCUGCUUCUUCUGCUUAUAUGCGUCAUAGUGAAAAUCUUUAUUUCUGUUUAUUUAUAAUCAGAUAAAUGUACAAAAACGUUCAAUGAACUUAAUUUAUACCCAAUAAUAUUAUACAGAAUUGAUAAUUCUCAUACGCAAUUAACAACUUACUAUAUUAUAUUGUAUAAGUUAAGAAUAAUAUUCAACUUAUGUUAUUUUAUACAUAAAUGUAACUAUAAAUUUGUUUAGCUCAAUAAUAAUUGAUAUACUUGUAGGCUACAGAGAAAAUUGUUCAACCAUAAUGCAGAUCUAUUACGCACACACAGUCUAAUCGAGUUACACUUAAUCAAGCUCUCUUGCCCGGAAUCGCAGUGUCACCGCGCUUCUGUCAUAUUUGGUGGUUUUACCGACUGCUCAAAAAUGGAGGGUAAUGUUUUUCACGUUGAAUAUAGCGGCCAUAGUUCGUUAAUUUUAGAGUAAUAUUUUACUAUAAUUUAACAAUCGGGUUUUUUUAAUGUAAUAACUACCGGUUUAACUUACGUGUAAUUAGAUCGAGAAAGACCGACUAGUUGCACGAUCAAUUCGAGACCCUUAAUCACGAGCGGCUAUGACGCGAGCGCGAGCCUGCUUAUGAAACUUUAAACAAUAAAAUCGAGGUUUUUGUAAAUGUCACGUUUGUCUAAUUUUUGUCAUUUUACAUAAGAGAAUGACCUUCCCCUUGACAUGUUCCCUAAGUCCUAUAACAUCAGAUUCUUCAAACGAAUUAUAAAAAAAGCACUUAGUAAGCCGGCAUAGUGCGGCCAACCUUUGAGAGUAGAACAUUCAUUUUUUGAUUGACCGCAUUCAUGUUGUCUCUGUGAUCGCUCAGGAUGGUGUAGUCACAUGUCGUACUAUUAUGGGGAAAGUCUUCAAAAUACAGUCAAUAAAUACGUACAUAAUGUAUUAAACUUCAAAUCAUCUAUCUAUAUAAUAAAUCAUCGUGUUUGUAGUCCCCAGUCAUAAGCUACUUACGAUUGUAACAGUAGAUGACGCUCUGUAACAUAAUGGAUGCAGACAUGCAAAAAGAAAAUGUGAACAUUUCUAAAUUUUGACAUUUAUUUGUCAUUUUCCAGACAUUUGUUGUCUGGUUUCUCAUAAUUACAAUAUAAAUUUGGAAUGUUGUAUAUAAAAUAAGUGUAAAAUACAACAAAAUGAUAAAAAAAUAACCACCAAAUACAGAAAAUUACUACGUUGCGAUUAUUCUCAGAAUAGGCUUCUUAGUGGAUGAAAUAAUGAAAGUAUGCGUGACAUGAAUCACGCGCAAAGUUCUGCGUACACUGCACAUGUGGCGAUGGCUUUUCGUUGUGUUCGAUAUAGAAAGGUUAUAGCGUAAUAUAAGGGUCAUUGUUGAAUGUUUUCUACUGUAGCUAAUUUUACUUGUAGUCAAAAUAUGCUCGAACUCAAUUAUAAGCGGAAUCGUUUUGUAAAUCAAAAUAAUAGGCAACUAAUUUUCGAAUAGUAAUAUAUAGAAAAAAAAAUAUGACCAUUAAAAUGAUGCCGGACAUCUGAAAACUGACUGGUUUUCCUACUUGACAUUUUUAAAUAGUCUUUAUAUAUCUUUUUAUCGAAAUAAUAAACGCAUAAAAUAGACAAACCACAGAAAAAGCACAUUUAAAUUAAAAAAAAAAAACCCCUAUUGUUUAUGUUUAUAAAUUCUCAUAUAUACGCGCAAAAAAUUUAUCGAUAUAUUGGUGAUACAUUACGAAUAAGAUGUUAUGUCCUACGCGUUAUUCGCAAUUAAUUGUACCUCUUUUAAAAAUGUGUAAAAAAAUGGACAGUCAAUAUGAAUAAAAUUGAAAAAAAAAAAUUAAAAAUGGUAACAUGUAUAAUUUUUGAAACUAUCAUCAGAACCAUGUGAAUAAAACACUGGUACAUUACUACACAAACGUAAUAAAAAAGUAUUUUUGUAACAAUUAUAAGUAGCCUUUGUUUAAUUACAAUGUAAUAUUGUAAUAUUCUGUAUCUUUGUACACAUAAAAAUUUGUUCGCGCCUCUAGGUUAAUAAAUAUAUAUAUUUUUAAUCUUACAGGAAUUAAAAAUGGUGCGGUUUUCUCUAUUGCCAAUAAAUUUUGUUAUAGUCGUCAAAUAAUCAGAUUUAAACUCGCAGAUUUGCCGCCAAAUUACCACAUCGAAAAAAGAUUUUGAGUUGUUUUAUCUUCAUGGCGUUUUUCGUACAUAAAAUGCUCUAUAACCUAUCUAUCGUCAUAUAAUUUCGACCACAAAAAAUAAUUUAAUGAAUGAAUUCAUUCAUUGAAUCAGUAAUUUGGCAGAGAAUCAACCAGUUUGGUAAUAAAAGAAAAAUAUUCCCACUUAAAAAUACUAACAAUGAGUUAUCUAUUGGUAUCUCUAUUUACAUAAUUACUAGAACAAAAAAAAAUAAAGUUGUAAAGAGAUACUGAUAGAUAUUUAAAUUGAUCAGAAAUUUAUUUUGUAGUAAGUAUCCGUUUUACACCAUAUUAUGAAUGUUCUUUGUCUUAGUAUAAUGUACAUAAUAUAGAUAGUUUCCUUUCCAACAAAUAAACAGUUCGCGACAAAUAACUCGAACAUAAAGCUUGCGCAAGUAGUUGAACGCUUUUAUACGUAUAAUUGAUACUAUGAUAGCAGGCACGUGGUAUUAGUAAAGUGUUCAAGUUAUUUGCCGGUAUUUAAACACAUGUAUGCUAAGUAAAUUGUUUAUAAGUUAUUACAUAAGUAUGAAACAGGAAUUAGAGUGCAGUACCUAUAAAAUACGAUCAUAAUCAUUGUGUGACCUAAUUCUUUUAUUUCCUAGGCCCAGCGCUCACCAAUUGAUUGAUACAUUGUUAUAAUAAAGUAUAGCCUUUUAUUAAUUGAAAAAAUUCUAAAAUUUUGUCACUGUGUGUUUAAAAUGUAGAUAGAACACGGCCAUACUUUGGUGACUAGAGCUUAUUGCACAUCGUGUUGGUUAGCGCUGGCCCUUGUUCUUACUAUAAAUACAAUACAAUGAACUAACCGAAACGAAUUUUAAUUACGCAACAAAUAAACAUGGGUUUUAAUUGACAGUUUGCUAUAGGAUUUAAGUUAUUUUAUAUAAUUAACUAAGUAGUACGAUAUAAAUAAUACCUAAUUUGCUUUUUAUAGAUUACGUAAUCGAAUGAUGUCGAAUGCUGCCAUAAAAAAUGAGGUACCUAUCCAAAAUUUUUAAUUGCCAUAAUAAUAUUUUUGUCUGCCUUCAACUUUUUAAACAAUCAAAUGUUUAAAGCUUUGCUCCAUAAUGUAUAUGGUAACGGAGAUGACGUCAUAUUAAGCAUUUUAAUCGACGAAUAUUUUGAAAUAUUGUAAUAAAUCAACUUUGAUGCUAGUGCACAAUUUUGUUGGAAAUAGUAGAUAUUUUACAAUUACUUCUGUAACAGUAUAGCACAAGAAUGUGUGCUAAUUGAACUAAAUAAAAUUGACAAGCCAA